CUCCCAAUCUUCUUUCACCCACACCAAAAGAAAAAAAAAAAAACGUUGGGAAGUGUUGAGCGUAAUGCAGUCGCUCAUUGACAUUGUUGCUAAAUCAUACUCUUGAGAUCAGGGUUCAACAUCCAAGGUCUACCAGGAACAAAUCUGAUUCUCCUUGAAUAAGAGCCGAUAGCUAUGAGUUCGCGAUUGGGCAUUUUUUAAAAACAGAAUGCCUGGCAUCACUUUAGUUUCUCGUAAAACCAUGAAUUCUGUUUGCAAUUGCAGCUCCUCCAGAGGCUCAAACCCGAUGUGCCGCCGAGAAUCUCAUAUUCAGUUGUCUCAGGAAGAACAAAAUGCUGCUGAAGAAAGCCUUUCAGCUUACUGCAAGCCUGUAGAAUUAUACAACAUUCUUCAGCGCCGCGCAAUAAAUUAUCCAUUAUUUUUACAACGAUGCUUGCGUUACAAGUUACAAGCUAAGAACAAGAGAAGAAUUCAAAUUUCGGUAUCCAUAUCUGGAGCUACUAACGAUGGAACUCAUACUCAGAGCCUUUUUCCUUUGUACAUAUUACUGUCGAGGCCACUUUCUAACACUAACAACAUGGAGCAUUCAGCUGUUUAUCACUUCAGUAAGGCUAGUAAAUUGGCCGCUUUUGGAGCUGAAACCGUGAGUUGUGCUCAAGCCAAAUUUAUUCUGCCAGAAAUUAACAAGUUAUCAGCAGAGAUCAACUCCGGCUCUCUUGCCAUGCUGUUGGUGAGCGUUGAUAUUACAGACUGUCAAGAAACUGAUCUAACCAAGGACCACAUGUUUUCUUCUUCAUCAAAUGUUGGAGGUUACUGUUUAUUGGGUCAGAUCCCGAUGGAUUUACUUCAUUUUGAAAGAUUUUCAAAUUUACGUUUACGGGAGAAAGCUGAGAUGACGUCAAGUGUUAGCAUGCGGUCCUGCUAUAUGAAGCUGAGUGGUUUAGAUGACGAAAAAUGUGUUUCUUUUCAGUUUCCACAUGAUUCAGAAGCUGUGAGUAUAUUUCAGCAGCUGCCAGUUAUUGUUUCUGCAGAGGAGGUUGGGGCAAAAGACGUAUCUGCACAUGAUUUGUAUUCAUUCAGUGAUAUACCAGAUAAUUCUCAGCCUCGUAUUAUGAGGAUGAGAGCCGGAAAUGUCAUUUUCAACUACAAGUAUUACAACGAUAUGUUGCAGAGGACUGAAGUUACUGAAGAAUUUUCGUGUCCAUUCUGUUUGGUGAGAUGUGCAAGUUAUAAGGGCCUAAGAUUUCACUUGACCUCAUCUCAUGAUCUAUUUCGCUUUGAGUUUUCGGUAAAUGAAGAUUACCAAGUUGUGAGUGUAUCGGUGAAGGCUGAUACAUGUAAUUCUGAGAUUGCUGGUGAUGGCAUUGAUCCCAGAAAACAGACAUUUUCGUUUUGCUAUAAUCCCGUAGGAAGCCGGAAAAGAAAGGGUAAAACUCAAAAUACAAAUCAUGUGCAUUCAGAGGGUGCAAAAUGUGAUACUAAUAGUCCUAAUACAACGUGUAUAUCAAGUGGUACUGGUGCUUCAUUUGCCGAACCAGAUUUUGUACAAGCCGGUCCGGAUGCUAGCGCCGUUGCACCACCUUCUAUGCUUCAAUUUGAGAAGACAAGGAAGUUGUCUGCUGAACGAUCUGACCCUAGAAACCGGGAACUCUUGCAGAAACGACAGUUCUUUCACUCACACAGAGCUCAGCCAGUGGCUGUGGAGCAAGUUUUUGCAGAGCAAGAUAGUGAAGAUGAAGUUGAUGACGAUGUUGCGGAUCUUGAAGACAGAAGAAUGCUUGAUGACUUUCUAUAUGUCACUAGUGACGAGAAGCAAAUGAUGCAUCUAUGGAAUUCUUUCGUCCGAAAGCAACGGGUGCUGGCAGAUGGCCAUACUCCGUGGGCAUGCGAGGCGUUUUCAAAAUUGCAUGGACAAGACUUUGUACAGAACCCAGCACUUCUCUGGUGCUGGAGAUUAUUCAUGAUUAAAUUAUGGAAUCACGGUCUCCUUGACCAACAAGCCAUGAACAACUGUAACUUGAUACUCGAACACUACCAAAACAUCCAUCAUACAAACACUCCAAUGUCACUGUAAGCGAUUAUAUAUAUAUAUUCGCAUUAUUUCUUCUAUUUCCUCUGCUUCAUAUAACACAUUCCAACAAAAAUAGAUUUAUUAAUGGGAAAAUCCCAAAAACGUCACAGCGGAAAUACAAACGUGGCAGUGAUGGAGGUUGGUACCCAUAAAUAUCCUAGUAGACGAUGCAUUGUUUAUUUUAGACAUACACUUAUUUAAAACAUGACUUUAGAGUUGAAAGUUCGAAUACAGGCCACAAUUACAACA